UACAUACAUACACACAACAUCUUUCUCUCUCUACACUUAACUUUCUCUCUCUCUCUCUACAACAAUUGUUUUCAUUUUCUAGAUUUACAGCUGAAUUUCCUCCAAUUCAUCGCCUCAAUAUUAGGGUUUUUACCUUUCUGGUGGAUCUUGGUGUGACAUUGUUGCAUAAGGUCCAUGUCUACGACUGCUAUGCGGAGAAAUUCAUCUGAUUCGUCUUCUUCGGAAGAAUCGCUAGAUAAGGAAUCACAGUCUGAUGAUGUUGUAAGUGAGGAAGAUGAUGAUGUUAGUAAAGAAACACAAAAUGGUCCGUCUUUUCGUUCGGACAGUUGCGGACAAGAACAUAAAAGUUGUCGGCAGCAGGGACUGCCUAACGUGCUUCCAAGUAACGGGGAAACCUUAAGGCAGGUCCCACAGCUCGAACUUGUUGGACAUUCCGUUGCCUGUGCUCCAAAUCCAUAUUAUGGCGGAAUGAUGACAGCUUAUGGUCAGCCUUUGGUUCAUCCUCAGUUUGUUGAUAUGCAAACAAGGAUGCCGUUAACACUCGAAAUGGCACCAGAGCCUGUUUACGUGAAUGCCAAACAAUACCCUGCAAUAUUAAGGCGUAGACAAUCGCGCGCAAAAGCCGAGCUCGAAAAGAAACUUAUAAAAGACAGAAAGCCUUAUCUUCACGAAUCACGACACCAGCAUGCAAUGCGAAGGAUAAGGGGUUCUGGUGGUCGUUUCGCCAAGAAGACAGAAAUCGAGUCGUUAAAAAACACAACCGCUUCUGGUUCCGCCAAUUCCGUGAAGUCAAAGCGCGUGCACUCAGAAUCCGCCGAAACACCAAGGGUUGGAUCGGUUCUCUCACAAAAUUACCAGGCGUCAUCGGGUUAUCAUUUGCACUCUUCGGAUAGAGGAAAGCAGUGGAUAAACAUAUCGUCUAACCCGGCUGCACAGAGUGCUGUUGCGAUGUAACAACCCGGUUACUUGCAGCAAAUCAUUCUUGGCUCCAAGGGACAAAAAGGGUAGAUAUUAUAGUUUGUUUUAAUGAUGAAUGUUGUGUUAAAAGUUUGUUUUUGGGUGGUGGUAUGAAUGUUUGGUAUUUGGAGAUUCUGCUUCCAUCAUAGGUGUAGUGUUGUUGGAUAUGCUUGUAGACUUUUGUUAUGUGUUGUUAGGUUGGAUCUUUGUUUUCUUUGAAAGUUGAAACUGUUCCAAGUGACAGUCUAGUUUCCAACCA